UUUAUCACAAUGUAUUUAUAAAGUUUUUUUUUUAGACAAACAAAACAAUAUGGGUUAAACUUGUAGUAGGAGGAUAUACAUUAUUGAUAAGAAAAGUAAAUUCUUACAAUGGAUUCCUACACGGCCAAGUUCCAGUCUAUGCAACUCUACGUUCCUUUUCUAAACAAAAUGAUUUUUAAGAUCCAGCAGAGUGGAGAUAAGGAUAAGGAACCCCAGCUGAUGAAGAUGCGAAGCUUACUGGAGAUCCUGAUCAAUCCACUCAAGAAGGUUCGGAUGGAGACUCUGUUGAAGUGUGAGGAGGUGUUAAAGAAGCUCUACGAGAAGGUCGAGGGGGUUCCCUUUAACAGUGGAGCAGGGUCCCGUCAAACAAACUUGAACAGAAUACAAACCGAAAAACCUCAGCAAUCUAGGUCACACAGCCCUGUGCAAGGAAUGAAGCAAAAUCUCAGUGAUUAUCUCCAAACCCUUCACGAGCAGCAGCAUUACAGUAGCAGGGAGGAGAGAGAACAGAAGAGUACUGUCCCACACAGGACACCACAAAGGGAGAGUGAAAGGAAAGGCUCCAGGUUAAGUCCAUGGGAGGAGCGACCAAGCUGGGAAGAAAAACCCAACCCUUGGGAAGAGAAACCCAAAUCUUGGGAUGAUAAACCUAAACCUUGGGAAGACAAACCCAAUCCCUGGGCUGAUAAACACAAACGGUGGGAGGAAAAACCCAACCCCUGGUCGGAGAAACCCAAACCUUGGGCGAAUACACCCAAUGCUGUUGUAUCAGACCCGCUCACGGGGUCUGAUUUUAGAGGAUUCCAGGGGGGCCGAGGGUUUCUAGGUCCUGGUCCAGGUUUACAAGGGACUCGCGGAUUUCAGAGAGGUGGUGCUGGGUUUCCUGAAGGUAUAGGGGACAGCAGUGGGAUGCAAGGGGGGUUUCCUGGUGGCAGGGGCUUCCAGGGAGGAGGUGGAGGGUUCCCAUUGGGCAGGGGUUUAAGUGGAGGCGUAACUCCAGGAGCAGGACUACAGGGGGGUCGAGGUAUCCUUGGUAGUGGAGGAGAGCCUCGUGGAGAUAAACAGAGUUUCCAGGGGUUUCAUGGAAAGGAUUUAUGGACGCCAGGAUCACGAGAAAGAGGUUCCAGCUCGGAUAGAUUCAAUCCAGGGUUGAGAGGAAGUUCUCCAGGAGGGUUCGUAUCUGACAAAUUCAAUCCUGACAAAGCUUCACGCUCUGUUCAAGACACUGCGGAUAGGAUUCCUGGGUUGGGUUCGGAUGAUGAAGACACAAAACCGGAGAAAGAUGUCGGAUUCUUCGCCAAAACUCUGGAGAGAGGCGUUACCGGGAUUCAGAGAGGACCAGAGAGAAACUUGGGAUUGCCCGGCUUAGGACAAAGCAAUGAUCCUUAUGGAUCAUGUAAUCCAAGAACAAACAGUACACAAGAUAGAUUUAGGAGCAGUGGGAGAGAUGAGAAACAGAGAAAACCUGAAUCCAUGUUUAAUCCUAGAGAGAGAGCUAAGCUGGCGGAUAUUCUGGAUCCAGCUUCAGGGAGCAGAUCCCCAGGGGAGAGGAUUAAAGGGAGCUCUGAUCCCAGACACCGAUCCAAUUCUGAUCCAAGACAGAGAUUCAAUUCUGAUCCUAGGCACAGAAUUCAUUCUGAACCCAGACAGAAAUCCAGUCUGGAUUCAAGACUAAAUUCUGGAAGUUCAGACCAAAGCCGAUCAUCUAGAGAUCAUUCGUCUCAUAAUUCAACGCCGAGAUCUCCCGAGGCCAGUUCCAGAGAUCCUCGAGGACACGGUAGAACGACAGACAAGGAUCAACCUAAAUCUAUUCCUUUGGAACGCACUCAGCACACUUCCAGAUGGGAUAGGAGGGAUAAUAGAAAUGUUAUUGAUAAUGGAAUUAGGAGCAGGGGCUCAUCUUGGAGACCUUUCCAUGCUAAAACAUCGUCUCCUGUCAGACAAACUGUAUCCCCAGACACACAAACUGUCUCACCACAGAAUUGUUCUCCUGACACACAAACUGCAUCUCCUGAUACUCUAUCUUCCCCUGCAUCUUCCACUCUCAACAGAGCAUCUUCUCGUCCUGUAACCUCGUCCCAGGAUACACCAGCCUCCCCUGAUACAGCUACCUCACCUGGACAAAAUGAUACAGUUACAAAAUCUGCACAGUCACCACAGGAAAUUCCAAAUAUUCCUGUCACUGCUCCAAACCUGCCACUUCCUGUGCCAACCGCACGCAUAGACCUGCCACUACCUGUACCCACCGUAAAGGCUAUGCAGCCCACCUCAGGGUCUCGUCUGGAUCCAAGAAAGCGAGAUCCAAGACAACGACCUCCAGUAAAUGUUGUUAACCCCACUUCAAGUACUAACCCGCCAGCCUACCUAUCAAAUGUAGGGCUGGGUGUCACCAAGAAUGCAAUCCAUCCUGGCAUGCAAAUGUCUAUGCAAGGGUUUAGGCCUGGGAUGCCCAACCAGGGACCUAGGCCUCCACAUUUUCCAGGACAGAUGGGCAGCCAAGACAUGAGACCUAGAUUUUUAGGUCCUGGAGCCCCUCAACCCCAGGUCUCAAUUCAGCCUCGCAACUACAGGGAGUACCGCCUAAUGAAGGAGGAGCAGGAGAACAAGAGAAGAGAGGCUGAGCAGAGGUUCAAAGAAGAAAUGAGAAAACGUCACCAUAAGGAAGAGGAGAAGUCAGAAAAAGAGGAUUUAAAAAAUCCACCAAGUGCAGAGGUUAAGAUCAGUCCAACAAAACCUGAGGAGAAGCCAUCCACCAAAGGCAAAGUUCUUGACCAACCUGCACCAAUUCAAGGCAAGUCUAAAGAUCCCAGAAAGAAAGCAAUGGAUGAGAAGAAAGCAAUAGAAUUAAUGAAAAAAUCAUUCAAGAUUCCCAAAAUGAAGAAAAAUGACCCUACUGAGACUAUUAAGGAUGAAAACAGUAAGUUAAAAGUAAUUAAUAUGUUUGAUUCUGUAAACAAGAAAACACCAGAGAAAAUGAAAAUGUCAGAAUCUAGUUCAACACCUAAAACCAAAAAACAAAAUCCAAAAAUUGAAUCAAAAGAGAAUGAAAAGAUAGGCGAAAGUUUGAAAGAUAAGGUUAAAGAUGCACAACAUGAAACUAUUAAAAAUAAAUUAGAAGCAAGACUAACUAGUGAUUCUGAUUCUGAUCAUGGGCUGACAAUUGCUGAAGAUCUUGAUGAUGAACAAAUGGAUUUGGAUAAGCAAGAUAUCAACCCUGCAGCCAGUCAUUCUGAUGCUGCCAGCAAGGAGGUAGGAGAAGGUAAGGAGGAAGGAGUAGGUAAGGAGGAACUUACAAAACAACUUUUAAAGAAGAUUGUAGCAAAUCUUGAUCCCAAUGAAGCAGCAAAACUAUUGCUAAAAGCACAGCAGCUAGAUAAAGUUGAAAAGCUUUCCUUGGAACAACUAAAGGAAUUUUUGUUUACCCCUGAAGAGGAAGAGAAGAAACAAAAAGGACCAAAACAUUCAAAGAAAAAAGGCAAGAAAAGCAGGAUUGCCCCUAAUACUCGAAGAAGUGGCAGGCUACUAAAAGAAACGUCAGAUGUCUCGAAUGAGGAGGAUAACAUUGCUGAUCCCUCUGAAUCUGAAACAGAAACAUUUGUUAUCGAGCCUAAGGUAAUGAAACAAAAGAAGAAAAGAAUGAAAAAAGGAUCUAGUUCCAAGUCAAAGAGAAUUAUAGAGGACGAAGAGGAUGAUGUGGAUAAUGUUGAGGUUCAAGAUGAUCUUGUUUCUAGUUCAAAUAUUGACGAAGUGGGAGUAAAGGCCACUUCAGAGGUGCUACAAAGUGAACCACCAGAGCUGAAAGUAUUGAUACCGAUGGACAAAGAUCUAGAGGAAUCUUCAUCCUCAGCAUUUUCUCCCAAGUCAAAUAAAAAAUCUAAAGUUGGACCAGCUCCAAAGAGUAAAACUUGGUUUCCUGGGGACAACCGUGGAACUAAAAAGAAACAAGGUUUAGCAGCAUUGACUAGUCCUCCCAUUAUUAAAGCAGAUGUUUCCCAUGAAGUAAAGGAAGCUGAUCCUAAAGUUUUUCUGGGAGCCAAUGAAAACAUCGAGGAGUUGCUGAAAACUGAGUUUGCAUUUAAUCCUGGUAAGCUGGAUCAGAAAUUAACAAAUUCCUUCAAGAAAAGACAUGAAACCGUUACUGGUCUUUUCAAUAAGCUUUCACUGAAGAUUAAGCAGCAGAAUAAACUUGAGGCAUCGAAAGCCAAAGAUGAACCUUCUGAGUUGCCUCUCUGCUCAAAGAUUAAGCUAUGCAGACCCAUCACACCAGAGACCUUCCUUGAACCCCAACUAGUAAAGUCUAUUGAGCUAACAUUGCCUCCUGUUGUCAAAUCCAAGACAGAAUCGUUGAUUAUUGCACUGCAAGGAAAGCUUAAACAAGGUUCCAAGUCACAGGAAAAUGUAGAACCAGAACUUCCAAAUUUGUUUGAUGUCGUAAAGGAUAUUAGCAGAGUUGAAAAGAAAAGGCGGCAAGCUCCACCUCUUCUUAUUCCAUUAUCAGAAACUCACCGGAAGGUUGAAGUUAAGAAGAGAGAUUAUGGGUUCACUUGCAGUAAAGGAAAAUAUCUCCCUAGCCUUGUGACUGAGUUUAAGAGUUCCAAAGCUGUAUUGCUUCAGCUUCAUGAGGAUAAAAUUGUCUGUCUCUUUCGGUGCAUGAGCUUUAAUUGUAGCUAUGCCACUAAUAGCGUUGAUGAAUUCAAAUCACACUUGUUUGAUCAUGUUGAGGACAAGUUUGGAUCGCUUAGAUGCUCAUUAUGCCUUGGGAAAGCCUCUGAAUUUGGGAAACUGAUAAAACACAUUGUGAAAAAGCAUGGACAUGAUCAGUUCCAAUGUGUAUAUUGUUUUUCAAGACACAGCACUAGGAUUGACAUCGAUCUUCAUCUCAAUAUUUUUCAUCCUAACCUUCCUCCCCUGCAUAUCUGUUGCCAGUAUCUGCCUGGGGCGGACAAACAGGCGAUUGAGGCGGAGAAUAAAGGAGUUGAGUUGGAUGUGCUAAAUCACCCUAUUCUCUGCCCCUUGGUUGACUGUUCUUUUACCUGUGAUGCUUCUAAACCUGAAGAGCUUGUUUAUCACAUUAGUGAUAGUUUGAAAUGUGGCAAAGUAGAUCUAGAGGAAAAGAUUAAUGAGUAUCUUUGUCCCUACUGUCAGUAUUCAAAUAUAAAUCAGGUAAGUUGUUCCUAGUUUAGACAUCUCAAG